UUAUUAUAUUCCCUUGGUCAUCUGCCACUGCAAAAAAGUGAACCACCAUGUUGCAUAACACAACAAAAUUCAUUAAAUUUUCACAACACCCAAUCCAACUUUCCCAUUAUUUUUUUCACUUUCUUCAUUUCAUAUCAUAAAGUUUCAACCUUUUAGUUUAUGCUUCAAAUGGAAUCAAAAUCAAUCAACAAACCCUAAAAUCAAUAACCACUCAAAUUUUCACCAUGGCUUCAUUCACAACUACCCUUUACUUCAAAUCCUUAAUUUUCAUCAUUUUGUUCAUAAAAACUUUAUCUUUUGACCCAAUUCCUUUGUUUUCCUUUGCUGAUUUUGAAAAAGAUCUGAAAUUUAAGUCAAAUGUGGAAAUUUUUGGUAAUGCAAAAGUUGUCAAUGGUGAGUCCAAGAUUCAAUUCUCUGGUGAAUCUGGGAGGGUGAUUUACAAGAAACCCAUCAAGGUUUUUCAAGGUAAACCUAAGCAAUUAGUUUCAUUUUCAACUUACUUUACAUUUUCAAUCUCAAUGGAAAAUGAGGGUGGUUUAGCUUUUGUUAUGAUUCCAAAUGGUGUUAAAAGUGUUAAAGGUGAUGUUUUUAAUCAAAGUUUAUCUGGGUUUUCUCUUGGAUUGAAAAAUAAUGGUUUUGAAGGUAUAAGUGUUGAGUUUGGUGGUUAUAAGGAUGGUAAAAAUGAGAUUUUGAUUAGAAAUGGUGUUUCAAGUGAAAGCUACUUUACAAAUUUGGCACUAAAAAGUGGUGAAAAGUUGCAUACUUGGAUUGAUUAUGAAGCAAGUUCAAGAAGGUUAGAAGUGAGAUUGAGUAAACAUGGAAAUUCAAAGCCAUUGGAUCCAUUGUUAUGGCACAAAAUUGACAUAUCUAAUGUCUUGAAGGAGGAAGAAAUGUUUGUUGGUUUUAGUCAUGUGAAGGGGAAUAAUGCUUUUCUAUAUUCAUGGAGCUUUGUUAUGAGGAAUUUUCCACCACAUUCAAUGCAUUCAGAGCCACUUGAUCCUAAUGUUUCUGUUAAAAAGAGUGAAACUUCAAUGGUUGUUAAACCAAAGGAAAAGGCAAAGAAGAAUGAUUGUGUUUUAAGAGUUCUUGCUGCAAUGAUAUUUGGCACUGGUUGUGGAGCAUUGACAGCAUUCACUGUGCUUUAUUUGUGGACAAUCUUUGGCAAUAAACGUGGUGCAGUUGUUCCAGAAGGAUGUUCUAUGCAACCUUUAGAUGUUGAGUAUAGAAAAGUUAAAAUUGUUGUAGAUAGUAAAACCAUUGGAGAUGGUAAUAAGUAGAUCUUCUUGAGAUAACUAUCUGGUUUGAAACUUGUUUGUAAAUCUAGUAGGUUUUGAUCUGUUGUAUGAUGAUUCCUAAUCUAUAUGCUUUUUAUUACAUUGUCUACUAUAUAAAGAGACUCUAAAUUUUGGUGUUUCCUGUAUUUAGUAA